ACGUCAGGUAUUGUUCUAUUGCAAAUGCAUUUGUUUCCUGUAACACUGGCACUCAAGAAGACUAUUAGUGUUAAGAGGUCCAAAUAAUUGUGGCACGCUUUUGUAUAUGUGUGGCACACCCCAUAAAGCCUACUCCCAAAACAUAAUAUUUUCCCAAUAUACUAAUCUGUGAUGUGCUUUUUUUCUGGUUAAAAAAACUAAAAAGUAAGACAGAAAUUUUAAAUUGCGAGGAAGUAUUUCGAACACACUACUUCCAUCUUUGUGAUUCUCCUCAAAGGGGACUAACAGUAGUCUCUAUUAAUGAUUUACAGUUCAAAAAAGGUUUCCUUUUUAAUAGACACUUGGUCACGUGAGUGGGGCGCAUAAUAUGGUUGCAAUAUUAUGAUGAAGGGGGGAUGGCUUGGAACCCCGGUCUGCUGCUGUGCUGAUAGCGCUAGUCUACUUCACUAAAGUGGGGUUGGGUCAUUGUAGACUUGCUGAAAAGCCGGAGAGAUAGGGAUUGGAAAAAAUUAAAGGAACGAAAGACCAUGGUACGUUUUGCGGAUGAUGUUAUACAGCUGUCAUGAACGGAUAUGUUUUUAUACACAGAAAAAGACAGAAAGCCCUGCACACCAUGAGGAUGGAUUUUAUUUUGAGAUCUCCAAAUAAAUGAAUGUGCUCCAUCACUAAGCCUACGAGAGACUGUGUUUUGCUUAAGGUUCAUCCGUAAAGCCCAUUGGCGAAGAGGUGUCACGUGACUACGCCGAGCCAAUGUUCUUCUACGAAGGUGUCAGGACCUUGUCAGAAAGUGAAAUAAACAUUGGGAAACGGCGAGAUGCAAAAAGCGACCUAUUGCGACGGCUCAGCAAUUUACAGUGGCUUCCCCUAUCAAAGCGCAAACGGUUUAGUUUAUGAUGCCAAUCAGCAGCGAUAUCUCCAGGCCCUUCAUGUGGAAAGUGAGUACCAUCAACAGGCCUGCUCCCUGCAGUCCCCAGGUGGCUCUGCAGCUCUGCAUAAACCCAGUGAAAUCUCCGAGGGCUGCCAACAAAGUAACGGGUCACAAGACCCAGUACCAGACAUUCCCGACAACAACCAGCCCCCUACUGCCCCUUCCGGACCAUCUUCCCCCAGUUCCCUGAACCAAAUAACUAGCAGUGAUACCACCGCCAAGAACCCAGGGCACGCAUCUCCACCGCCAGGCACAAGAAAACACAUUUUUCCGUGGAUGAAGGAAUCCCGUCAGAACACAAAGCAGAAAUCCUGUAGCACCAUUUCAGUAGAGAGCUGCGCUGGAGACAAGAGUCCCCCCGGAUCGGCCGCCUCCAAGCGCGCUCGUACUGCAUACACGUCUGCUCAACUCGUAGAGCUGGAGAAAGAAUUCCACUUCAACCGUUACCUCUGCCGCCCCCGACGAGUGGAAAUGGCAAAUCUGCUCAAUUUGACGGAAAGACAGAUUAAGAUAUGGUUUCAGAAUCGCAGGAUGAAGUACAAAAAGGACCAGAAGGGGCUAGGAAUGAUGCCCUCUCCUGGAGCACAGUCUCCUCACAGUCCUGUUGCCUUAUCAUCUGGUGGCGGAGGAGGGGGUGGGAGUGCAUAUUUAAAUUCAAUGCAUUCUCUGGUUAAUAGCGUGCCCUACGAUUCACCCUCUCCAGCAUCGUACAACAAACCCCAGCCUAAUGCGUACAGCCUUCCUACGUCAUAUCCACCUCCUCUGAAUAACUGCCCGCCUCCUCAGAAGCGGUAUCCGGGGACCGGCACAGCCACACCGGAAUACGACACGCAUCAUCUUCAAGGCAACAACAAUUACGGGACGCAAGUGCAGGGUAGUCCGGUUUAUUUAAGUGGUGGUGGAGGCUACUCGGAUUCUUUGGUGGGGAUGGGGGCCUCGGUAUUUGGCCUGACACAUCUACCGCAUCCACCUCAAGGCAAUAUAGACUACAACGGCGCUAUCACCAUGGGAAACAGCCAUCAGCAAGGAACGUGCGAACCAAACCCAUGCACAUUCACAGACAUUACACCGCACUAUUCUCAGGGAAGAAUUCAGGAAGCGCCCAAACUGACGCAUCUAUAGUGCCGACACAAUGUAUGUCUGUCGCAGUCCACGUGACACAUUUGCGCUCCGUGUCUAACUGCGUUCUCCACCACCUAUAGCUGCGUAUAUUUGGUUCAUAUUGGUUUCCCGACGUAGCCUCAGGUGAAACGACCUUGUUGUUGGUUUUGCUUAAUACAUAGAAAAGGAAAUCAAAGUUCCUCAAAGCUCAAAUGUCAUGGCAUCAUGGGAAUAUGUAGGCCUGUAUUGUUUUGAUGAAAUAUGAAACAGGGUAUCAGAACACAUAUUAGAACAGUUUUUCAUGGGAAUUUUAAGUUUUCAAAAUUCUCCUCAGUUCACGAUUUAUUUUCGGUUUUGCAUUUUGCACUUGAGGAAGGAUGCAUAUGAACACGAUUUUUUUUAUUCAACAGUCUUAUACAGUGUGGGCUCGUGUCUUUUAGGUCUUUCAAAUGUAUUUAUUUGUUUCCAUGGACAGUAUAUUGUGUUAUUUAGCCCACAUCCUCCAGAUUCCUCCAGUUAUGUCAGUGCUGAAACAAGUGCUAACAGCAAGACUGUUCAUCAAAGGUCAAUGUGUUCAAAUAUUAAUCGAUGUGUGCAAAUGUUAAUCAUAUGUUGCUUAAACAUUCGAAAGAGACAACGAUCAAAAGCUUUUUAUUAGUUUGAAAUCUGACAUGUCAAACAUUCCAUGCUGCUCCAUUUCUGAAGAAAUAAAAGACACUAAUUGA